AUGCUCCGCGCUGCCCUGGACGCGCCCCGGCGGCUGCUGCAGGAGGGAAGGGAGUCCCGCAGCCUGGUGCUGGCCGUGGUGUUUGUCGCUCUGCUUCUGGACAACAUGCUUCUCACGGUGGUGGUACCCAUUGUGCCCUCCUUCCUGUAUGCCACGGAGUUCAAAGAGGUCAACUUUUCCUUGCACACUGGCCGGUCUGUAAACUCCCAGCAGGCACUCACCUCCCAUGCCUUCUCCACCAUCUUCUCCUUCUUCGACACCACCACCACAGCCAUGGAGAAAGGCACACCCAAGGGCACAGAACAGACAAAUGGCUCUUCAAGCACCAUCCCUCCUCCAGUCACCGAUGCCAGCUCACUACGUAAAAACAACUGCUUGCUAGGCAUAGAGUUUUUGGAAGAAGAGAACAUCCGGGUUGGCAUUCUGUUUGCUUCAAAGGCUUGGAUGCAACUUCUGGUCAACCCACUUGUGGGACCUCUCACCAACAGGAUUGGAUAUCACAUCCCCAUGUUUGCUGGCUUUGUGAUCAUGUUUCUCUCCACAGUUAUGUUUGCUUUCUCUGGCACCUAUGCCCUGCUCUUUGUGGCCCGAACCCUUCAAGGCAUUGGAUCUUCAUUUUCAUCUGUUGCAGGUCUUGGGAUGCUGGCUAGUGUCUACACUGAAGACUGUGAGAGAGGGAGAGCCAUGGGAAUUGCCUUGGGGGGCCUGGCUUUGGGAGUACUGGUGGGUGCUCCUUUUGGAAGUGUGAUGUAUGAGUUUGUGGGCAAGUCGUCUCCCUUCCUUGUCUUGGCCUUCCUGGCACUUCUGGAUGGAGCUCUCCAGCUCUGCAUCCUGCAGCCUUCCAAAGUGUCUCCUGAGAGUACCAAGGGGACUCCACUCCUGACGCUGCUCAAAGAUCCUUACAUCCUGGUGGCUGCAGGUUCCAUCUGCCUGGCCAACAUGGGAGUGGCCAUACUGGAGCCCACCCUCCCCAUCUGGAUGAUGCAGACCAUGUGUUCCCCUGAGUGGCAACUAGGUUUAGCCUUCUUGCCUGCCAGCGUGUCCUACCUCAUUGGCACCAAUCUCUUUGGUGUGUUGGCCAACAAGAUGGGUCGGUGGCUGUGCUCCCUGGUUGGCAUGGUGGUAGUCGGGAGCAGCUUGCUCUGUGUGCCUCUGGCUCACAGUAUUCUCGGUCUCAUCGGCCCCCAUGCAGGCCUCGGCUUUGCCAUAGGCAUGGUGGAUUCCUCUCUGAUGCCCAUCAUGGGACACUUGGUGGACCUGCGCCACACUUCCGUCUACGGGAGCGUCUACGCCAUUGCUGAUGUGGCUUUUUGCAUGGGUUUUGCCAUCGGCUAUUCUGAGCCACGAGUGUCCCAUGGAGACCCGGAUGUACGCAGCCCAGAAACCGUCCCAGGAGUUUCCCUUGGGGGAGAACAGUGA